AUGGCCACCUUCAAGGUCUUCGUCAUCGGCAAGUCUCAGUCCCAGUCCACGUCCCCUCCCAACAUCCCCACCAUCAUACUAACCCACUUCCCCAUUCCCCCCACCCCCAGGCGCCCCCGGAUCAGGCAAAACCUCCCUCGUGCCCGCGCCGACCCCACCAAGCUACAGCCGCACGUCGUGCAAGCCAUCCGCGAGAAGAAUCUCGUGGAGAUCAAGGACCUCAUCCCGAUUCUCGAGGACGUGGCCCGCGGCUUCCCCCGCAACGAUAAUCGGAAUGUUCUGCUUGAUGGACUCCCGCGCAGCAUGGAGCAGAUCGCUCCUAUGGAGGCUGUGAUGGGCACCCCCGACCUAGUCCUCUACUUCGACUGUCCCAAGGAUAUCGCGCGACAGCGAUUCCUGAGCAGAGAUGUGGAGGGCCGGGUCGAUGAUGAGAAGGCGUUCGGUGUUCGUGGCGCGCAGUUCGCGAAGGAGAAUAAGCUGAUUUUGCAGCAUUAUCUUCGGAUGGGGGUGUUGGUGAGGGUGGAUACGAGUGGGAGCUUUGAUGCUUGUUUCGAGAAGUUGAAGAAGGAUCUGACCAAGGAGAUUGCGUGGAGAGGGACGGGGAUUCAGGGGUUUUGGUAGAUGUUGUGUCUGGUUGGGUGGUGAGGGUUGUGGUUGUGGUUGGAAGGAUUGUUGAUGUUGGUC